AACCUGUUUUGUAACAGGGUAAACCGGGGUGAUAUUUGUUUGUCCACACUCAACCUGGAAAACAACGGGGAGCACUUGACCAGGUUCACAGGCGCACAUUCAGCUCCAUAAAUGUUUCCAGCCUGUAGAUAUUCCCUUCAAGCACGGAAGUGUAUUCGUGCACUGAAGGUGGUUCAAGCGGAGCAUGUCGCUCCUCAGGUGUACUCCACACGGUGUUCCUCCUCCACUGUGCCACGUAUUACCACUCAUUACACAGUGUACCCCAGAGAUAAGGACCCACGAUGGGAAGGAGUGGAAAUGGAACGCUUCGCUGAUGAGGCAGACGUUGUCAUUGUUGGUGGCGGACCAGCCGGCCUGUCAGCAGCCAUCCGGCUGAAGCAGCUGGCCAAUCAGCAUGAGAAGGAGCUGCGGGUUUGUGUGGUGGAGAAGGCAUCUCAGAUCGGAGCUCACACGUUAUCUGGAGCCUGUCUAGAGGCUACUGCUCUCAAUGAGCUUAUUCCAGACUGGAAGGAGAGAGGGGCUCCACUGAACACUCCAGUUACAGAGGACAAGUUUUCCAUUUUGACAGAAAAAUACCGCAUUCCCGUUCCAAUAUUGCCUGGACUUCCAAUGAAUAACCAUGGAAAUUACCUAGUUCGUCUGGGCAAUUUUGUACGCUGGCUUGGUGAGCAGGCAGAGGAGCUGGGAGUGGAGCUGUAUCCAGGCUACGCUGCAGCUGAGGUGCUGUUUCAUGAGGAUGGAAGUGUGAAGGGAAUUGCAACCAAUGAUGUUGGUAUUGGUAAAGAUGGCUCUCCAAAGGAUGUGUUUGAAAGAGGCAUGGAGCUCCAUGCUAAGGUCACUCUGUUUGGGGAAGGCUGCCACGGACAUCUGGCCAAGCAACUCUACAAGCAGUUCAAUCUCAGGGAGAACUGUGAACCGCAGACGUAUGCUAUCGGUCUCAAAGAGCUUUGGGUUAUUGAUGAGAAGAAGUGGCGCCCAGGACGGGCAGAGCACUCGGUUGGCUGGCCUCUGAACAGGAACACAUACGGAGGCUCCUUCCUGUACCACCUCAAUGAGGGAGAACCACUGGUGGCCCUGGGAUUUGUUGUAGGUUUGGACUAUACUAAUCCUUACCUGAGCCCGUUCAGGGAAUUCCAGCGUUGGAAACAUCACCCCUCUUUAAUGUCUACCCUGGAGGGUGGCAACAGGAUAGCAUAUGGAGCCAGAGCCCUCAACGAAGGAGGUUUCCAGUCGAUUCCUAAACUGACGUUCCCAGGCGGCAUGCUGAUAGGGUGUAGUCCGCACACACAAUGGGAAACAAAUGAAUAUUCUCUAGGUCUAGACUCUGCUCAGCUGAAGCCAGCUAAGGACUGUGCACCCAUCGAGUAUCCGAAGCCUGAUGGAAAGAUCAGCUUUGAUCUGUUGUCAUCUGUAGCCUUGAGCGGGACCAAUCAUGAGCAUGACCAGCCGCCCCAUCUGACGCUGAAAGAUGACAGUGUUCCUGUGGCCCAAAACCUUGCGGUUUACGACGGCCCAGAGCAGAGGUUCUGUCCUGCUGGUGUAUACGAGUAUGUUCCUCUAGAGACAGGCGAUGGCAUGAGAUUACAGAUCAAUGCACAGAACUGUGUCCACUGUAAGACCUGUGAUAUCAAAGACCCCAGCCAGAACAUCAACUGGGUUGUGCCUGAGGGCAGUGGAGGACCAGCUUACAACGGCAUGUGAUUUCAGUAUUAUGUAUCGUU